GCGACAGCCACCGCCCUCCUCUCCCCUUCUCCUCACCUCCAGCCCUCCUCUCCACUCAUCUGCUGCAACCAUCCAUCCACCUGGAAGCCUGGGCAAAAUCAGUCAUUUAUCCUCCCUAAAUAAACCCCAUUACCAUGGACACCACAAGGAACAUCCUCUCCUUCUCUGAGGCUCUCUACCACCUGAUCCUCAUGAUGCUGACUCUGGGCCAAGGCGUUCACUCAAUGCCCGUCCCUACUGACGUCCCCAUGUGCACGGCCUCAGAAACAGCCCAGUACAAGCUAACGUUUUCUGGGAAGUGGACCCAAGCAGCUUUCCCUAAACAGUAUCCUGUGUACCGACCCCCUGCUCAGUGGUCCAACCUCAUCGGGGUGACCCACAGCACUGACUUCCACAUAUGGCAGCGUAAUGAGUUUGCCAGCAACGGAGUGAGGGAGUUUGCGGAGAAGGGCGAGGCCUGGACGCUCAUGAAGGAAGUGGAGGCGGCCGGCGAACGCAUCCAGAGUGUUUAUGGGAUCGUCUCCGCUCCCGCUGUCAAGGGAGGAACGGGCCAGAUGAAGACAGAGUUUGAGGUCUUCGCCAGGCACUCUUAUCUGUCAUUCCUCGUACGUCUCGUUCCUAGCCCAGACUGGUUUGUGGGCGUGGAGAGCAUCGACCUGUGUGACGGCGACCAGUGGAAAGAGAAUGUGUCUCUGGAUCUUUUCCCGUACGACGCAGGAACUGACAGCGGGUUCACCUUCUCUUCUCCAAACUUCGAGACCCUCCCACAGGACCAAAUUACACCGAUCACUUCUUCCUACCCCAGUCACCCUGCUAACUCCUUUUAUUACCGCCGCCUGAAACACCUGCCGCCAAUUGCCAAGGUGAUGCUGACCAAGAUAAAGAAGACCAAUCAGAUCAUCAGCCUGCUUGUGGAGCCCACAGAGUCCAACCUACUGCCAACAGGAAACGAGAUUGAAGAACAGCUCAUAAAUACCCCUCUGGACUGCGAGGUGUCAGUGUGGUCUCCAUGGGGUUUGUGCAAAAGCAAGUGUGGAGACUCGGGCGUGAGGCACCGCACACGCUAUGUCAUAAUGCACCCAGCCAACAACGGAUUAGCCUGCCCCCUGCUGGAAGAAGAGAGAAAGUGCUUCCCCGACCACUGUUUAUGACUAAGCCAGGAAAGGAAGGAGAAGAAGGAGAGGAAGGAGAGGAGAGAGAAGAAAGAGAGAAAAGGGAGGAAGGGAAGGAAAGGAAGAAGACGGAGAAACAACAAAAAAAGGGCUGUACUGUAUUCACUUGAGGCUUAAAUACGAUGAAGAAGACUCCUUCAUUUCCUCCCUGGCUUUGCCUUCUGUCUGUGGAAAUGACUAAUGUAAUUAUUGACUGUUAAACAGCAGAACAAGUAUCUUCCUGAAGUCACAUUGAUAUAUCUGACAGCACUAGAGAGGUGUAGUUUGGCAAAAUAGCUAUUAGACACCAAUUCUGUUUUGGCAGAUUAUACAAUUUGACAGGGAAUAGCACAAUGCUGUUUCAGCCAUUCACCAAAAACAUUAUAAUUUGGUUUCAUUUGAAAUCUCUGAAGCUCAUAGAAAUGUGUUUGCCAACUGUGGAUUAUAAACCCCAGGAGCUUCCAAAAAGAAGAUGUUGAAAUAAAUCCAUAUUAAUAAUAAUCUGAAACGCUAUACUGAACAGAACAUUUGAAUAAACUCAGGCACAAAUGAUUUCUUAUAUCCAUUAGCAUUGAUGUAGUGCUAGCAACAAAAUGAGUCAGACAUCGACAUUAAUGUACCAUCCUCCCCACAUUCAAAACACAAUUUUUAAAGAGAGAUUAUGUUUGUUUGCCUGAAGACAAAGAAUAUAUUUAUUACAGGAUUUUAACCUGUAGUGUACAGUAUAUCAAGUCUGAAUCUAUAAGUUGUAUUCCUCUAUGUUAUUGAGAUAUAAGUCCAUUGCUUUUGUAAAAAAUGCUAAAAAAUGUACCAAAAAAACAUGUUUUCUGUAUGAUCAAUAAAGUGUAAAUACAUCUAAAGAUA